UGUAUAAAUAGAUACAACCAAACUUUCAUUUUAGACGUUCAGAAACUUUCUGGUGAAGACGAAAAGACAAUUCAACCAUCGACUUUCACUAGUGUCAAAAGACAUGAAGGCAUUUCUGCUUCUCACAAUUGUGGCGACUGUACACAUUCUUGGCUGCUAUGCUGCCUUGAUAAUCCAGGGGCCAGCCCAGCCGGUCCUGGAAGGGGAGCAGGUCACCUUGGAGUGUCUGAUCUCAGAGUCGGACCUCAACAUCAGUCAGGUCCACUUUGAGCGCUAUGCUAAGUACAUGAGUAAGUGGUACAACCUGGAGCCAGAGGGCUACUUUUACCGUCGUUGCUGGCAGUAUGACGUUGACGUCAGUCGCGAGGACGGCCGGCUUCUCCUCUACAUCUCUCAGAUCUACAGCUACUCCCAGGGCCCCUACCGCUGCGUGGCAGGAAAUGCCACCGCUUCAGACAACUCCUCCGAGCCCCUGUCCAUCACUGUGAAUUACAUGCGGGACGUCUCCGUGCACAGAACGGGCUUCACCCGCUACUUCAGCAGCAGCAUGCAGGACCUGCGUGUGCCACUAGGGGACGAUGUGGAGGUGGAGUGCACCGCCACAGCCUCUGAGACUCCAGACUACUACUGGCAGAAGGAGGGUGAGGACUGGAUCUUGCCCUCUUCAAAGCUGUUCCUGAGGAAGAUGCGGGUGGAGGACGGGGGGGCGUACACCUGCGUAGCCUCCCACCCGACCGUGCCCUCCCUGAAGAAGAGCCGCACCAUCAGCAUCACCGUGCUUCCUGAGGACGCCCCCUGGUACGAGUCCACCAACGGCCGUCUCAUGUUGAUGACAUCAGCGGCAGGCGUGGCCAUGCUGGCUCUGAUCCUGUCCAUGUCUGUGUUCCUGUGCCGCAGAAGCAAGCAGAACACCACCAGGUCCAGCAAGGGACCCAUUGAUGACCACUCCCAGAAGAAGCCCAUCUACAAGGCCAGCUCUGAGUCCCUGCCUUCCACCAGCGGAGACAAGCAGCCGCUGGUCUGAGCGCAUGGAGAGAUGGACGGGAGACGGGAAGAGAAAGGAGGGAAAUGGUCGAAGGAAGAUGGGAAGGUUUGAGAGUGAGGAAGUGGAAAUAGGGAGCAUGCCAGUGGGAGGAAAGAUGGCAAGGCUGGGCACCAAGCUGAGGUCUUGUGGAAGAAUGGGGCAUAAAAGAUGAGAAUGGGGGGCGGCAAACGAAUGUUUUACUGUCACAUGGUCCCUGUAGGGGAUGUUUGUGUAUUUCUUGAAAAAAAAAAAAGUUUGCUAUUGAUCUGCUAUUGAUUUUGCAAGCUUACAAAAUGGAGAUUCCCAUUUCUAUGUGUGCUGAGGUUUAUGGGUUCUGAUCAUGUAGAAGCAGCAGGUUUCUGCAAACUGUUAAUUGUUUAUCUUCUGAGGUAACCUGAGAAGCACAACUCUCUGUCUCCGGCACUUUGACAGCCUCGGACAUUUUGAGAAUGUCCUUUCUUUCGCAAGUUGCAUAUUAUUGUAGGUAUCACAAAUGAGUAUUUGUUUUUCGCUGUAAUAACUUGAUUAUGGUACCAGAUUAAGAAUAUUGAUUAUUUCAGAAAAUGAAAUUGAACUAAUCUGUGAACCUUUUCAAGGUAGGGUCGCUAAAUGUUGUUAAUCCAUCGCUGUGAUCCAGUGCUGUGAAACUUUGCACUUAACCAUUUAUUCUCUUUGUUUUUUAUUUCAGUGUCAUUAAACAGCUUUCCAAAAUAUGAA